GUUUCUCCUAGCGGAAAACGCAGGGAUACGUAUGGCCAUGACUGUCCGAACAAUUGGGAAAUUGAGAAGGGUACACACGCGUCAUGCUAUAUGAUCGGAUGGCUGAGAAGUGAGGAUCACCUGAACUGGACCUGUGGAACAAUUUUGUGAGGACACAAGGCUGAUAAAAUCAACUAGGGAGCGUGGCUGCCACAAGUUCAUCACCCUCUCAUAAGUCACCAAACCCCCCUUCCCCUUUUUUAAAAGUCCAAAUUCUUCAAUAUUGCAACCUAACAUCACAGGGAUCAAAAGGUUAGACCUUUACGCCCAAAUUCCAGCUAAAAGAAUUUUCCGAAUUCAAUGGCUUCCAUGGCUAUGGCUCAAGUUGGAUUUUCAUUCGGUAGGGCGCCUUCGUCAUCCGUUUCAGUAAAGCCGAGGAGAAUGGUGGUGGUGCGGGCGGAGACCAUUAACCCAGACAUCAGGAAGACCGAAGAUAAAGUGGUGGACUCCGUUGUUGUUACGGAACUCGCCAAACCUCUCACUGCUUAUUGCAGGUGCUGGCGAUCUAAGACCUUCCCUUUAUGCGAUGGCACCCAUGUGAAGCACAACAAGGCUACGGGAGAUAAUGUUGGACCUCUGUUAGUGAAGAAGUAAUAGCAACGUUAGACUCCCAACUUUUGCAGCUUCAGGACUAUAUGGUGUUUUGGAAUUGUCAUAGUUACGUUCAACAGAACGAUCUCUCAUAUAUGGAUUUGCAAAUAAGUGAAGAAAUCAAGAAACCAUUGCACAUGGUGUUUAUUAUGUUUAAUCACGUCAAUGGCUUUAUUAAAGUUUCUUGGCAUAUUGGUAAGCACAAGCAGCAUUGAAUGUCUCCACUCUCCACCUCACCAAAUGGUACCCAGUACUCCAUUAGCGAGCAAACAUGAAUGGUUCUCCGGAAAAGCCGAAAAAGGACAACCGGUUCAUCCAAACAAACUAAUCAUCAGAAUUCACUUUCCUUAGAAUGAUUUUUUUUUUUUCCCAAAAUAAACGGAUGAUUAUUGUUUUCCCCACUUAAUCACAAUUCACAACAUUCUCAGCUUUAUUAAUUUCUAUAAUUAGUAUUAUACCCUAGAUUGUGCGAAUUUUACUAUAGUUUAUAAUAACAUUAAUAUACCAUUAUUUUCUUAUAAAAUGUGUCACAUUUUUAAUUUA